UAUGGCCACCAUAACACGAAAGACGAAACCAACCACCAACAGCUAGAACAACCUUGCCCGCCGCCGGUGCCACGAUGAGCGCCGUGUGCUUUUUGUUGGCGUGCUUGGCGGCAGCCCUGCAGCCAACGUCGGCCGCCGAGACUGGAAGGGGUGAGAUCUUGCAUAUCCCGUCCGCCGCCGACCUGGCUCGGGCUCGCUGCCCUUCCAGAUGCGGUCGUGUUCCCAUUCACUACCCGUUCGGCAUAGGGCCUGGCUGCUUCCGGCAAGGCUUCGAGCUCACCUGCAACAACACCGCUGGUCAUAAGAGGCUCUUUCUGGCCAACAGUACCAUUGAGGUCCUUGACUUGUAUCCCAGAGGAAAUGAACUUCGAGUCUCUCCUAUCCACUUCAACGUCACCAUGAAACCAGGUAUGGACGACACCUAUAACAUGUCAUGGGAGGCCCCUGUUAAAGGUCUUAUGGCCUCUGAAGAAACUAGCUUGUUCGUUGUUGGUUGCGGUGUGGGUGUCUACUUGUUCGGCCGUGAUACCAACAAUCCCAUAGGUUAUUGCGUGAGUAUUUGCCUAGACGACAAAGAGGCCAUGAAGGAGGCAAAUGCAAACCACUAUAACGAUGUUGGGAUGGGUUGUUGUUCCAUUUAUUUGCAGCAGGACGUGCCAGCAUUUGGGUUCACAGUUGACCGCCUCAAAGGCGUCUCAGCACUAUCAAGAGAACGUCAAGGGCUCUCUAAUACUAUCAAAGUUUUCCUGGCGGGGGAUUACAGUUUUAAUGUUACCGACAUCUAUUCAAGUCGGGUAGACAAAAGAAACAUUGGUGUGGCAUUACUUGCAAUAGCCAUCACGGAUCAACCAAGAUGUCAAAGUGCUAAGAAGAAAAAGUCAAGCUAUGCUUGUGGCGAUAACAGCGAUUGCGUGGAUGUGCCAUCUGGAGGCUACUCUUGUCGUUGCCGCACUGGCACAAACGACAACAACCCAUACCUUAUGGAUGGUUGUCAACAACCAGCGCAUUACAAUCCCAAUCAUAAAGGAGGUUGCACCCAAUUUUGCGGGAACACAAGCAUUCCCUUCCCUUUUGGGCUUGAAAAUGGUUGCUAUGCUACUGAAAAGUUUCGACUUAACUGUACAUCAGAAAACAUUACAAUUCUUGAUCAAAGGGGCAAAUACAUUGUGGCAAACAUUUCAGUUAAUGAAGGAUAUCUUAGUGUUAGAGAAACACAAAACAACUCAAAGUAUGGCGAAGAAGAGCUCACGGUGCUAUUUGAACCAGACGAGGGGGGCUGGGAAUUAGGACUUAUGCCUGGAGAAGGCUUUUAUUUAUCUGAAGAAUACGGUAUGAAGAUGUGGUGGUCUAUCGAUAAUUUAACUUGUCCGGUUGCUAUGAGCAAGCAAAGAAGUGCUAUGUACGCAUGCCGCAGUGUCAAUAGUAGUUGCAUUCCUGUCACCCGCGGCCGCAGGAAUGGGACGAUGCAGCUCGGCUAUCGUUGUCAGUGCUCUCAAGGUUUUGAUGGAAAUCCAUACAUACCAAAUGGCUGCAAAGAUGUCAAUGAGUGUUUGUUGAUGCAUAUUUGCAAUGGCCCUUGCCUAAAUUAUCCUGGAGGCUAUAGCUGCAAUGAGUGCACCCAUGGAAAAGAGUUUGAUCCAAUAAAUCUCAAAUGUGUCAUGUCAACAAAGAGACGCAAUCUUCUCUUAGGUAUCGCAAUUGGAAUUAGUUGUGGACUUGGUGCCAUUAUUCUUGUGCUAGGUGCAACAGUACUCAUCAGCAAGUGGAAGAGAGGCAUGCAAAAGAGAAUUCGAAGGACAUACUUCAAGAAAAAUCAAGGCCUACUCUUGGAACAACUAAUAUUAGAUGAAAGUGCCACAGAUAAAACAAAGAUAUUCUCCUUGGAGGAAUUAGAUAAAGCAACCAAUAACUUUGAUGCCAGUCGUAUUCUUGGCCGUGGAGGACAUGGGACAGUUUACAAAGGGAUUUUAUCUGAUCAACGUGUAGUGGCCAUAAAAAAGUCUAAGCUGGUGGAGCAAACUGAGAUUGACCAGUUUAUCAACGAGGUUGCCAUCCUGUCACAAAUCAUUCAUCGGAAUGUAGUCAAGCUUUUUGGUUGUUGUCUCGAAACAGAAGUGCCUUUGCUAGUUUAUGAGUUCAUAUCCAAUGGCACACUAUAUGAUCUUCUUCACAUUGACGUAAGUGUUAAAUGUUUACUUUUAUGGGGUGAUCGCAUUAGGAUUGCUGCAGAAGCUGCAGGAGCUCUUGCUUAUCUCCACUCAGCUGCUGCGAUACCAAUUUUCCAUAGAGAUGUGAAAUCCUCCAAUAUACUUCUAGAUGACAACUUUACUACCAAGGUUUCUGACUUUGGUGCUUCGAGGUCUUUAUCACUUGAUCAGACACAUGUAGUGACAAUUGUACAAGGAACUUUUGGUUACUUAGACCCCGAGUACUACCACACCGGGGAGCUGAGUGAGAAGAGUGAUGUUUAUAGCUUUGGAAUUAUACUAGUGGAGCUUCUAAUGAGAAAGAAGCCAAUUUUUAUUAAUGAACAAGGUAUAAAACAAAGCUUGGCUCAUUACUUCGUGGAAGGAUCUCAGCAGGGAGUCCUCAUGGAAAUAAUGGAUCCCCAAGUUGUCGAAGAAGCGAACCAGAAUGAAAUUGAUGACAUUGCCUCAGUUGCGGAAGCAUGCUUGAAAACCAAAGGAAAAGAAAGACCUACCAUGAAAGAGGUAGAAAUGAAGUUGCAACUCCUAAAAACUAGAAGAUUAAGGAGUCAACUUCCUCCCAUAAAUGAUGGAGAGAUCGAGUCACUUGGGUGCCUAAAUGGCGCUAGCUCUCAUGCACAGAGCAACAACAUUGUCAGUAAUGUUAGCUUAACACCUACAUGCAGCUCCGGAAAGUACAGUCUGGAGCAAGAGUUUUUGAACUCAGCCAGCUUGCCACGCUAGCGAAGCACACAGUGGGAUGAUCAUCUGCUUACUAAGCU